AACAAGGACGAGGAUAAUAAAUUCACUUCAACUUAACAAUUAAUCACCCGCCCUUCGCUAGAAAACUGAGAGUAACUCGUUUUGACAAUGGCAUCUAAACCACGACACAUUUAUACUAAUGGAACCAACAAGCUCUGAACGUUCCCGUCGCACCAGGCCGAGGCAACCGAAUCGCAAGUCUUUCGCAGAGUCACCGCCCCCAAGAACCCCCCAGAAAAAAAGACGGCGCAAGGAGGAAACAUCUAGUGAAUACUAUUUGGUGAAGGAUAUACUUGCAGAAAAGAAGGUGGAUGAGCAGAUCUUCUUCCUGAUAGAUUGGGAGGAUAACGCAGAAACUGGGGAAUCUUACGCGCCAACCUGGGAGCCGUAUGAUAACGUAAAGCAAGAGGCGAUCGCGGAUUGGGAGUACAAGAAGUGGAAAAGAGAGAAACAAGCCAGGAAAAGGGACAGACGAGCUGAGAAGAAAAAGAGAAAAGCCGAGGAAAGGGAGAGACAAGCCAAGCUCGCAGAUAGGAGUCAAAAACAGUCUCCUACAUCUGAUAGCGACAGCCAGCCUAUACGCUCUGCAAAACGGCGGAAAAUAAGUUAUCCUCCGGAUUCGACCGCUCCAAAUCAAACCCCGAAACCUCGGCGAGCAGGUACAGCAGAGACCGCAAGAUUUCAAUCCGUGUCACAGGAGACAGUCGACUCGCAGGGUAUAGUUAAAGAGAUCAAGGAUAGCUACGAGGAAGAAGAGCAGUUGAGCAAUAGAAGUGGGAACGUUUCGGUAGUGGUGCCAGGACUUGGUGAAGCUUUUGACCGAGACGCCUACGCAAUACUUGCUACAAAUUCUCAACCCUCUCAGAUAACCCAGCCCGCUCAAAGCCAAGUUUAUCCCACAUCGCAAUCGCAACACAAGCUUCAUACGGCAACUCGCAGACCAUUUCUCUGGGACGAGCCCGCACCUGUCAUUCCAGAUUCUCAGGAGCUUACAGAGUCACCCUCGCAAACCGCAGUUUCAAAGACUGGGGUAACGACACAACCAGACAGCGGAACUAAUACCCAGUCGGAGCUUGACCCGUUCCAGGAAACGCAGUCCGGAUUCUCUAAUAUUUCCGGGGAUUCUGGUAGUAUCAGAGACCGACAUCCUGUACAAGUAAAUCAUCGCUCCAGAUCACAUCCACCAGUGAGCGACUCUGAAGUAACGUCGAGCGAGCCUGCUUCAGGCACAAAAGCACCAUCUAGUGGGGGGCAGGAAUCUGGUACGUCUGGAGAAUCAGACCAACCUACUCAGCCGCAAAAGACUGAUAAGUCUGAAGGAACUGCGGACGGUUCCUCUCAAUCUGUCGGAUUAGUUGCUAGACCAGGAAUUCCCGGUUCUGCUUUCUCAGAACCCCCAAUCACGUCGUCCCAGUCCGCUUCAUCAGUUGCUCAAGUUCCAGGAACGCGGUCAGCAGAGCCAGCUCGGGGAUUAGAGCAAGUGGAAUCUCAUCAGGAAUCUCAGUCAGAAGUUGAUACAGAUUCGCCUCUGCAGUUUCAGACGCAGAUACCUUUUCCUAAUUUCGAAGAAUCCUCCAGUAGUCAGGCUGCGCGUGAUCACGUGAUUCAAAGUUCCAAUACAUCUGAACACCAAGAUCGCCACCGCGACGUACAAUCUUCGUCAAUUGAAGAACGCGAUUCGCGAGCCCCACCGCGAAGCCAGCCAUUCCCGCCAGCCGAACCAUCAGUAUCUAGUUUCGAGGCAACUUGGCAAGCAGCACAAAUCAGGUCGCCUCCUCCGCUGUCUUCGGCAGAGGUUUUACCAAGUCAAACGGCCACUGUACUACCAGAGUCUCUUAAUAGUCCUUCGCAAGUUCAGACGCAGGACCAGAUAUCCCGGGAGCAUAGUCUGUCACGAGGUUUAUCAGGGGCGGGCUCUAAUCCUACAGAGCGUCCCCAAUCAGCCGUGGAACUUCCAGAAGGAGUGAUAGCCAGCAUUGAGAGACCAGAAGACAUCAGCUCGUCUCCUCUCCCACCGAGACCGUCACCGCCAUCGUCAGGCGUUCUAGAGCUCCCAGAUACUUACGGAAGUAAUCUUCCCAGAAGGCCUACACCCUCGUCAGGCUCCAAGAUGGCGGAUUCAAGUAUGGAUGACUCGAUGAGCGUCUCGGAAAUGCUCAAGCGGGCUCGGGCAACUGCAGCUGCCAAUGCGCUUGCCAGACAAGCUGAAGCUAGGGCAGCGUCGGCGACCCCAUCCACACAACCCCCUGUCGCAAGUCAAACGCUCCCAUUGCGAAAGACGGCUACAGAAAUGCCUCUGCCUGCCGAAUCCUCUUCAAGGAGUUCUCCGGAGAUCCAACCAAGCCCUAAAGGCUUGCGAAUGCUACCGCUGGGGCAAAAUGAGUAUGCGGUGCCACUCCCCCUUAAUGCUAUUACAAGGGAUAUUUAUGAUGUAGAGAUCACCAACUUCCGGCGUCAACAAAAGGCUUUUCUCAGCGAUGUGGAGAUAGAUGAUACUUUGGUUAAUGAGAUCGAUUCUAUGAUCGAUCGUUUGAAAAAGCUAUGUGAUCAUCAGGACCUAAUUCGGUCGGACUUAUCAUCACAGGAAAUGGAACCUCCCCAUAUACAAGCGGCAUGGGCAGAGAAAAUCAGCACCAAAUGCACUUUCCUGGUUGACUUCUUAGACGCACUGCGAUCGUUCAAUCAGCACGUUGCUAUCGUAGCUCGCCCGGGAAGAAUGGUAAAUAUUCUUGAAGCUCUUUUUCAACAUCAAGGAUACUUUUACCGUCGUCCAGACCAGCCUGAUUUCAUCAAUGAUACCGCACGAGACCCAAUGAAAAUUACCUUGUUACCUAGCGACUUCUAUAAGCUUAAUCUCGAGCUUGAGCCUGCUUCCAUAGUUAUCGCUUUUGAUUCAACUUUUGAGAAGGAACAAGACUCAAGAAAAUUGCGAGUUAACCCGACGAACCCUAACAGCCUGGCGCCUCUGGUCCGUCUCGUCGUCAUACGUUCAAUUGAACACCUUGAUUUAUGCUUCGAUAAACGGAUGGACCCGUUGGAUCGUAGAGCGGCAUUGGUCAGUUCCUUGUUACAAUUGCGGCAUGAAAUUGCAGUGCUCCCCCCCGACUAUGUCGGUCCCCCAGCCGCCGGGAAAGCUGUUGCGGCCUUCGCAAUUGGGGAGACGACAGAUGGAUUAUGGCCUCUAUUACCAAUGCCUGACAUGGAGGAAGUCGAACUCGAUCUAGAGGCAACUGCAGAAACUCAGUCAGCAGGAUUACAGCCUUCUGGAUCAACAACACAGUCAUAUGAUACAUCGUCAUCAGCUGAAGUCUUCCAACCCUCAUUCAAGAGAUCACUGGUUGUUGAAGAUAUCGCAUCCCCGAAGCGUCAACGGCUCACUCCAGUCGGCGGCGAGCACAGCGGUAACAUAGAUCCUUCUCGUAUCGAUGAUGCGAUCCGAAAUCUGGCAAACAGCAAGCCAAGUCUCAAAAUAGCAGAGGCAGAGGAGAACCUUAGAAAGCCAGAGGCUUCAGAAAACGAUGAACCAAAUUUAGUGUCGUCACUCAUCAAGAAGAUUAACGACCUCGAGAUCGAGUUAAAAGAUAGAGACGCAUCAGAGGCGGAAUUAUAUCAACAGAAUCAGAAGCUCGAGAGCAGAUGCCAAGGUCUUGAGAAGAGCAUUCAAGACAUCCAGCCGAAGUAUCAAGAAGCACUCAACGAGCGCGGCCGGUUUGAGCACGAAAUGAACGAAUCCCUCUCUCGGGAAAAGACACUGCGACAGCGGUACGAUUCACGUGUAGCUGAGCUCACUAAACUUAAGGAGGAGAAAGCGACUGGUGAUGCUGAACUUUCAGCUGCGCGCGAAGCUCUCUCCACGUCUGCCAUACCCGAGAUUGCCGAACUGAACACCCUGAAAGGCGAGCUGAAUACCGCUCGAGAGGAGAAUAAACGCCUCGAGAAGCGUAUCGCCAGCAUGCAAAACGACCUCGAAUACAUGCGGACCAACUACCAACAAGCCUCUUCCGCCGCCGCCGAAGCCGCGAACGAGAUCAACGACCUGAAAUCCGAGCUCGCCACAGCCCAGCGCAAAGCCUCCGAGAACGCCGUCCGCAUCCACGAGAUCCAAGCCUCAGAAGAGAUCAAGCAGCACCUAUCCCGGAUCGACGAGCUCGAGACGGAAAAAGCCGAGAUGGAGAGGGAGCUCGAGAAGAAAUCCGAAGAGCUCCGAACGCUGAUGAACGGCCGCCGAAGCACCAGAGGCACCAGCGUCCCGCACAGCCCGAGAAUGGGCACGAUGAGUCCCAGCACGAGACCCAUGGCGAGAGUCUUGAGUAAUGUGGGGAGUAGGGGGAAUAGCCCUGCGCCGGGGGAUAGCACGGUGUUCAGGGGCCAGUUUGCGGGGGAUGCGCUGUUUACGACGGGGUCUGGGGCGAGGUGGGGAAAUCAUUUGCUUUAGUUGGUUGAGCUGGAUAGGGAGGAAGUCUUUGUUAAAGGGUAGCUGGGUAUAGGCAUAUGUGCAUAGACAUAAGCAUAGUAUUUCUGCGGAUGGGAGUUGGGAGUUGGGACGGGAUGGAUGAAUGGAU